AUGUCAUCCUCAUCGUCAGAUGGCGUAGAUGAAGCUGUUGAAGAAAUGUUCGACCAAGAAUUUGAUAAUAUCAUCGACUCCCUAGUUGAUGUUCAAGCCAACAAACCGAAGAGACGAGCUUAUAUCGAAAGAGAUCGGGAACAAGGCCACAAUCAACUAUGGAACGACUAUUUCAAGGAACAUCCUACAUACCCACCAGACAUGUUUAGGCGGCGUUUUCAAAUGAACAAGCCUUUAUUCCUUCGCAUUGUCGAUCGCCUCAAUAAUGAAGUUCCAUAUUUUGACCAAAGAAAAAAUGCUCACGGAAGGUACGGGCUAUCUGCACUUCAGAAGUGUACAACAGCUAUCCGAAUCCUGGCAUAUGGUCAAUCGGGAGAUACAUAUGACGAAUAUCUCCAACUAGGUGAAAGUACUGCACUUUUAUGUUUGGAAAAUUUCACUAAUGGGAUAAUACAAUUGUUUGGAGAUGAGUAUCUAAGAAGACCUACAGCGGAUGAUCUUCGACGAUUACUCGACAAUGGAGAGGCACGCGGGUUUCCGGGGAUGAUAGGCAGCAUCGACUGUAUGCAUUGGGAGUGGAAAAACUGCCCAACCGCUUGGAGAGGCCAGUACACCCGUGGUACAUGA